AUGGAAACGCUUUUUGCCGAGGAUCCCCUUUUAAAGAAAGGAGCUGAAGGAAGCACUGAAUCCAGACUUAAAACGCAAAUCUGGCUACGAUUCCCAAAACGAACGAAUAGUGCUGCUGCCAAUCUGACAGAAGUCGAAGUUGACGAAUGUGAAUUAGAAGUGAAUUUGACGAUUUCAGAUGAGAUUCAAAUGAAGCAGAAGCACACAAUAACGAUGGCAGCCACGGAAUGA